AUGCCAAACCCGAUCCGCCUACACUGGAGAGUACUUUGUAUCUUAUAUGGCUCGCUCCUCGCCAGUAUCGCAUUUGCUGUCGGCCAUCACUUAUACUACCAGAGUCUAGCGGAUACUCCUGUGUCAACCGCCAAUGAUUUGACCUUUGGAACGUGGACUGGAGUGCCGUCUCAAAAGUUCAACACAGCAAUCGGCACUACUUUCGCAUCUCUGUUCCGAACUUCUCUCUCCAUUACGGUCACUACAGCCUACUUCCAAAUCGUUUGGAGUGUAUUGAAGGCCGGAAGUACUCGACUAAACGUCGUUGAUGCAAUCAGUGGUAUCUUGGCAAACCCGCUUGCUUUCUUCAAUGGAGGAGCCUGGAAGAAGUCGAGUUUACUUAUUAUUCUUGCCGCCACCACCUGGCUACUUCCAAUUGCCCCCAUCAUCACCCCUGCAACUUUGACUGUUCAGACAAACUCCCAAGUCUCUUAUGGCCUAACCAAUGUCUCUGCCGUCGAUUUCAAUAGCCUAAAUUUUGCGUCCGUCGUCGCAAAUUCUCAAGGAGCUUGUGGUUACUUAUACAGAAGGCCCCAAUUCGAGGUUAUGAAGAUUGUCGCAGCAGCCGCAGGACAAGAUGAUGUGCUACCCUUCUCUGCACCAGGCAGUCAGCCAAACGCUUCGUAUGUUCAGCAAUUUGCUGGACCAGCUCUACAAUGUAACGACGUGGCUGAACCACUACGUGGCGAAAUACUCACGAACGUUAAUACCAGUACCUUCUCCGAAUACACGUCGUAUGGGUAUCUCUCUUGGACGCCAAGUGACGAAAAUUCUUUGCCAUUUCUACUGGAAAAUGUCACGAGCAAUGGCGAGUCUUACUCUGAAUAUCAAUUGCAAUCCUAUGCGCUAGGGCCUGGACGAGGUUCGUCUACUCCUCUGAGUUUGUUCGUCGCGACGUUUCCAAACAUGCAAAACCCGUACACGGCAGGUUCACUUAUCUCAGAUUACGACUAUGUUGGCAAUGCCACAAUCGUCAAAUGUCAAUUGAAGAACGCAACAUAUGCUUCAUCCUUCAAUUGGACAAACGGCAUUCGCGACUUGAACAUCACAGUAUCUCCUGGCAGCGAUGGCAUUGUGUAUCACGAGGGGGUGGACUGCAGCCAGUUCCUUUACACUCCGGGAGUCUCGGUCUCGGACGCCCUCAAAAAUGGUUCGGAUGAUAUCUCGGACUACAACAACACUAUCAUCCAGAACUUUGCCUACCAAUCGGUGAUGCACGCUUUCGGGAGUAUUGUGACGGGCUCCAUCAACUAUCCACGUUUCCCGAACGGAUUGGUCGUAGCGACUAACGUGAUGGAUACUGUUUUAGGUGCUACGCCAGAACUUUUGCAGCUGCAAAACAGCACAGCUGGUCAGAUGAAAGGCCUAGCCUCGCUUGGUCGAAAGGUUUGGCCAGGCAUUUCGGUCGAAAGCCUACCCGAAAACUCACUGGACCUUCGUUCUAGCUUGGAGGGACUUUUCCAGAAUGUGACCAUGAGCUUGAUGAGCUCAAAGCUACUCCAGUCGGUGGUUUCUGUGCCCGACCCUGCAACACCCUACUACCCGCCGCCGGUUAACGUCACCAGUAUCACGUAUCAAAAUCUGUACGCAUACUCAGCAACGAUGUUAUGGCUUUCAUACGGAGUCGCGCUAUUCCUCGCCUUGAUAACAGUGAUUGUGGGCUCAAUGGCCAUAUUCUCGAGUGGCUUCUCAUAUUCGUCUUCCUUUUCAACCGUCUUGCGUACCGCUUCGCAUGCCGCUAUCAGCACCGACAUCUCUCGAAACGAUGCGACCGGUCAAGAUCCAUUGCCAGAGCAUCUUUGCAAGGCUACAAUUUUAUUUGACCGUAUUAAUCAGCAAGGCGGAGAGUCUGCAGCCAAAGAGGUCCUGAUGGUCAAGCAAGAGAGUGGCCGUCUCUUGGCUCAGAGCCGAGCUGAACGCUACAGCUGA